AUGGAAGAAGGCAAGAAAACGCACAAGACAGAAAGAAGACGAAGAGACGCAGACGACAGAAAGACGGUAAAAAGCGUUUUGGACAAGAAGACGCUUGAGAUAAUAGAAAAGCUGCUGAAGCAGGGCCUGCUGAUAGAGAUGCACGGAGCUGUAUGCGUUGGAAAAGAGGCAUGCAUAUAUCUGGCAACAGCAGCGUCUUCCAUAUACAGCCGCAUGUGUAGGAAGAUUCCAAACGAAAGCACGACCGUUAUUCCCGUAGCAAUAAAGAUAUACAAGACUUCUACAAUGAUGUUUAAAGACAGAGAGAGAUACAUCACAGGGGAGAGAAGAUUCAAACACUAUGCAAAGAGAAAUUCAAGAAAGCUUGUGAAGCUCUGGGCAGAGAAAGAAGUGCGGAAUCUAAACAGGCUGCAGAAGGCAGGAAUUCCCUCGCCACAGCCUUUGUUUCUUCGCAGGAAUAUUCUCAUCAUGAGCAUGAUUGGCAAUCAAGAAGAUGGCACAAGUAAAGAAGGAAAAGUAAAAAAAGACAGUGGCGUCUCUUCUAAAGUGCUGGAGUUUGAUGUUGGAGACGACGAGAGUUUUGAUGAGAGCGACCUCAAUGACAAGGGAAGCGAGAGCUGCUCAAGUGACACAAGAAGAAACGUGACUGAAAGUAUGAGCUACACAAGCGAUGAAGAAGAGUGCAUAUACCAAAUAAGCGAAGACGAAAGCAGUGAUAACGGGCUAAACAAUAUUAGCAUAAGCACUACAAGCGAGAGCAGCCCCCAUCCUUUCGAGGGCGCGUCUGAUGUUGAUAGUGCUAAAGCAUGCAAUGACUCUCCAACAUACAAUACACAGGAUAGUAACAGAAGAGCACAUACUAGCCAUGUUUUAUCAGAAGAGCCAGAAACAUCAAGCGAAGAUGAGGACAGUUUGCAGGACUCAGAGUCUAGCGAUGACAGUGAUUUUUUUGAUGAGGCAGAGGGUAUAGAAAGAAUGUCUAUUUUAGAGAGCAAAGAGAGAAGUGAUAUGGUGGAAAGAGAAGGAGGCCUGGGAGGAAUAGCUCCUAAUCUAAAACAGGCUGUUCUGCACGAGAGUGAAGUGCAGGAUGUAUACGACCAGACUGUUCUUCUGAUAAAAAGAAUGUACAAGGAUUGCGGACUUGUGCACGCAGAUCUCUCUGAGUACAACAUGCUUUACUGGAAAGGCGUAGUCCAUAUUAUAGAUGUAAGCCAGAGCGUGGAAAGAGACCAUCCAAAUGCACAGAUCUUCCUGGAAAUGGACAUUAAAAACGUAAACAACUAUUUCACCAGGCUGGGUGCGCAGACUAAAAGCAAUGCAGAGCUGCUUAAAGAAGUCACAAGCCAAGAGGUUUUGAGCAAGGAUGCAUAUAGCAUGGACGGUGAUAGCGCAGACGAGAAUAGAGAGACAGAAAGCUGCAGUAGCAGCAGCGUGCUUGAAGAAGAGACAAAGAAAGACCGAAAGGAAAAGAAGAAGGAGGUAAAAGAGGAAAGGCGAAGACAGAGAGAGAACAAAAUCUCAAAGAAAGAGAAAAAGCUUUUGAGCAGAAAAGCAAAGGCGAGAGUAUUAAAAGAGAGAAAUAAUAAAUUUAAUUAA